AUGAGCUACCUCUAUCUUAUUCCUCCAAUGUUUAAAGACUUAUUCUACUUCUCAAAUGUCAUAGAUGUAAUAGACAAGUACUUAGAACCUCAAUAGAUGAUAGUUUUUAAAAGAACUUGUAAGAGAAUAAAAAAUAAAAUCGAAGAAAACUCUGGCAUACUUAACAUUUUCUUACAAAUUUUAAUCAAUGAUGACUAUUGCGAAGUUUUUCCAAGAUAAAAAUUAAUCAAAUGUAAACUUAAGUAUAUUAAACUUGAGAAUACAUCCUUUGAAUUAGUUGAGAGUAUCUUCUCAAUAAACCAAGGCUCCAUGAUUCUGAAAGAAUACACUUAGAUUAAAGGAGAAUUAGGAAAAUGUCUUAGUUAUCUCGAAUAAAUUGAGACUUUAAAAAAUGUCUAUUGUUUCGAAAUAGACACUUCGAAAUUCGAAAGUCUGAGUUAAAAUAAUGUAGUAUUAAAUGUGAUCGAUCAAAAUACAAUUCCUUAAAAUGCAUACUUUGUCAACUAGGCUAUAAGAAAAAAAGUUUUGGAAUAAGGUGAGCUCAUAGUUUUUCACAGACUCUAAAUGGAUCAAUACGAAUGGAUUCUCAAAGAUGCUAAAUAUUUGCAUACUAUAAGAAUUAAAGAUGCACAAUCACUCUCAGACUCUUUCUUUCAUUUCCUAGAAAGUAAGAAUUUGCAUAAAGGGUUGAGAGAAAUAUCAAUAAGAAAUUUGUAUUUCUAGCAAGAAAAAACGAUUGUUGGAUUCCUUAAGAAUAUAGCAAGCUAAGAAGAUUGCCAAUUGCAUGUUGAUUUCACAGGAUGUGAGCCCUUUGGCAGAAUUUAACAGAUUGCCGAAGCAUUAAAAGACAAUUUUGGCAUCUCUAGUAUUAUAGCAGAUCGAUUUGAUCUUAUAAGUAUAGCUAGAAUUCAGAAUCAAUACAAUCUUAUCGAUGACAUGCUCGAGGAUCUUAGCAUUGAGGAGAUAUAACAGCAACAAUUUCUUCUAGACUAUGGACAAGCUAAUCUUCAAAACGUGAUUGACUACUCAGAAAAGGUAUCAAGUUUAUUAUGA